AUAUUCCACGAUGAACAAGCCAGCAGAACUGUUUGCCGUCAUGAUUGUCGGUGUAUUAUGCAGAGAUCUGCUGGCGUCCCGCUUGAAUGUUAUUACACUGACCAGCGCCAACGCCACGGGCUCCGGCACCGAGCAGAUGCUGCCGACGUUCGCUGUGGCGCUGGACGAUAUGCAGCGGCGCUAUCCACUGGUAUACGCUAAUUACACCAAAGUGGAUUUAUACUGGGGCUCCCAAGAGCCCAUUUGCCGACCGGAAGGGGACGGGUUGGUACCGACGAGGAUGGCGGAAUGGUACAGGCAGGAUCGGUUUACCGGCGACGGCAUCACGGUGAUUCUCAGUGCCGAGCUGGACGUGGCAAUUUUAGCAUGCGGCACGGGAGUGUAUACUAACCAGACACGCUCACCCCACGUCAUCUCCCUGGCCCAGACGUCGUACAUCAUCUUCGGCCAAGCGGUCGGUUUAAUUAUGGACAUCUUCAGCUGGCGCUACAUCGUGAUAAUCAGUGAUAAACUGUCGAAGACGAACGGUAAUGGACGCAAUACCAUUAUGUGCGAUGGUGCUCUGACGGAUCUCCAGACGCAGAGGCAAGAUCUACAGCAUAUCAUCCUGCCCGUGGAUUCCGAUGCUGUCGGUUUUUCGUAUCGAAGUGUCUUAGGAAAAGCGGCUGAUUAUAGCCAUGUCAUUUUAUGCUGCACCAUGUACAGCUCUGUGAGGCGGCUGCUGGCCACUGCUUACGACAUGAACAUGACAAACGGCGAUUUUGUGUUCAUGUAUUUGUACGAAGGCGAAGUUCCCUUCGAGCCUCCACCUGCCCGCUGGCAACAAAAUGAUUCUUUUGACCAAAAAGUUUUGGAAGGACUUGCCAGCCUUAUCGUGAUUCGCACACCCGAAACCAACUGGGCAACAUUUCUCAGUCGAGCUGACCAAAUUCUCCGCUUACGCGAACGGCUUUUUGCGGCGCCAUACGAUGUCGAACUUCUGUUCUCUCUGACAUACGAGAACGCCUCCAUCGCCGGAAAUGGUCUGAAGACACCGGCCGUUCAUGUGCAGCAGUUCGACGCUGUACCCAGCCGAUUCGCGAAUAUUUUCUAUUACAAUCCCGUAACGAAGAAAUACGAUCCCGGAGCGCCGGUGCAGUGGAAGAGAGGCGUAGCUCCCGUGGACCGUGUCACGUGCGGCGUCAACGGUGCCGCCUGCCAAGCCGGUAUCGCACUGCCCACUUUGGCCAUCGUUCUGGUCGGGUUAUUAAUUGUCUUCAUCAUCACGACCGUUGUCGUGUCAUUAUGGUAUCAGCAGCGUAAACAGACAUCCCGCCGCACUUGGUGGAUCAUCAACGAGACCGAUUUCAAAUCGACUGAUAUGGAACCAGUCCGACCAAUGCGUCCCAUGAGAAAGCUGAAGAAAGCUCUGUGUCUCUCGCAGCCGGUGAUAUCCGUGUCCUACUUCAGUGCCGAUACCCGGCCCGGAUGUUCCAGGAAGUUCCGGCAGAUCGUACGUUUACAGGAGACCCUGGCAUUUCGCAAGCAACUAUACUGGCGCAGCAGCAAUAAAACACCGCAUUGUACCAGCACAUUCUUAACUUAUAUGGCGCAGAUGCACAAAAUGGAAUCCGCCAAUGUUAACAAACUACUGGGCAUCCAUUUAUUCUAUGAUACCUCGUCAUCGUUCUAUACACUGUGCCAACGCGGCUCCAUUGAAGACUGCUGGCAUGGAGCGGAACCCGACUGGAUGCUGAAGCUGUCGCUAAUCCAGGACAUUAUCCGAGGUAUGAUUUUCAUCCAUGGAUCGGCAAUAAAAAAGCACGGGAAUCUCAAGAGUACCAAGUGCCUUCUGGACAGCCACAUGGCCGUCAAGAUAACGGAUUACGGCCAUGAAGAAAUGAGUACCCUGCUCAGUGAUUCCAUUCUGCCGCUGCAUGAACGGCCUUUUUUUGCGUUCCAUUGCUGGAUGGCUCCCGAGGUCAUGCGAGGGCUGGCGUCCACACAGGAAAGCGAUGUGUAUGCCUUCGGUUUAAUACUGCACCAGAUCAUUAUGCACUGCCGAGUAUUCGGUACCGGACCACAUUGCACCCUGGGCCCAUUCGAGAUAAUCGACCAAGUGCAAUUAGGCGAGAUGCCUUAUUUUCGGCCUGUCUUUCUGGACUUUGAAUACUCCAGAUACGGCUGGUUAGUUGCCUUGGUAAAACGAUGCUGGGAUGAGGCGCCAGCUAACCGACCCACGAUGCGCGAUACUGCGGCUACGUUUAAGAAGGCUACAGUCGCGGAGGAAAUGGAAGGCACACUGAUGGACCGGGUCAUCCGCUGGUUGACCAAGUACAACGCGGUACUGGAGCAGGAUGUGGCCAGUCGGACGGCUCUUCUGCUGCAAGAACACAGGAAGGCCGACGACCUACUGCGUCAAAUGCUGCCCAGUGAUGCCGUUAAGAGGCUGCGCGCUGGUUUAACGGUAGAAGCGGAAUAUGUCGACGCAGUGAGUAUUCUCUUCAGCGACAUCUUCGGCUUCAACCAGUUCGUAGCCGGCACGCGUCCCCAGGAAGUCAUGGCGUUCCUCCAUGAAGUCUACACGGGUUUUGACCAAGCAUCCAGCGAAUUAUCCAUCUACAAGAUGGAAACCAUCGGCAGUGUUUACAUGGCUGUAAGCGGAUUGGUUGAACGCAUUGGCGACAGUCACGCAAACGAGAUCUGUCUUCUGGCUCAGCUCUUGCUCAGCGCUUUCAACCGGGCCAAUCAGCACAACAAUAUGGAGAUCCGUAUCGGCGCCCAUAGCGGUCCGGUGGCGGUGGGCGUGGUUGGCUUCAAACGACCGCGUUACUGCUUAUUCGGGGAUACGGUUAAUACGGCGGCGCGCAUUGAAACUAGUGGUAUGCCGUCCCGAGUCCACGUCAGCGGGACCAUACAGGUUCUUGCGGUGCAAUUUGGACAUCACUUCGAGCAACGUGGAGAAAUACAAAUAAAGGGUAAGGGCAAGAUCACGACGUUCUGGUUGCUGCUGAACAAAUCGUGA